ACAAGAAGAAGAAGCAACACCAGAAGAAGAAGAAGAAGUUGAUAGUAACAACAAUGAUAAAGAUCCAGUGAGAAGAGCCGGUGAGGAUGAAGCCGCCGCCUCGGAACAGAACGAAACGACAGUUGAGCUGUUGGACAGAGACGCCGGAGUCCCGCAGGAAAGCGGCCUGUAAGUGGGGACGACCUGAGCUGAAGAAGCUUCUGAAAGCCCUGCAAGCUCUCAGCCAGACCACCGGAGGCCUGCAAGAGAUAGACUAUGCUGUCCUGAAGAAACACAUUCCUACUCGGUCCAUUUCAGAGAUCAGUGCUAUGGUGGACUCUCUGAAAAACAAGACCAUAUCAUCUGCACGUUUCCAGCUGCAAAUGAAGAACUGGGAGGAGAAGCAGUUCAGAAGGCCUAUUGAAGAGUGGACACACAUGGCCUCCACUCUUGCUGGAACCCUUGAGAAAGUCAUAUCUGCUGCUUUCUCUCAGAUGCUGGUUGUGUCAUCGACAGAGCCCUGCACUCUGAGGAACUGUGACCCCAAGCAGGACCCCAGGCCCGCUGUUGGACCAGUGCCUUGCAUGCCAGUGAAAGGAGAGCGUCCUUCUGCCUUGCUGCUCAUGGCUCCGGCUCCAGCCAGGUCAGGGAGCAGGAGACUCCCAGCACCAUCUCAGGCUGUUAGAGGUCAAACCAGGAAGAUCCUUCCACGUCUGAAACAGCCAGCCGUUCCUUCUGCCGCUGCUGCCUCCACCUCCACCUCGCUAACCGGAUGUCCAGAUCCGGCCGCCCCGCUGCUCUCAGAAACGCUUCCUGCAUUCGUAUCUUCUGGUUCUCUAAAGCCUCUCGCUCCGGCUGCCUCUGGCCUCUCCUCUGUCUCAGCAGCAGCUCAGUCUGCUGUUUCGUUGUGUUUGCCCGUCUCCAGUUUUUCCUCUCCCCACUCCACAGUCCCACUCUCCCACGCAGCCGCUGAGCUGCCUGCUACGUUUUUACAAUCAAGUAAACAUGCUGCGGUAGAUGACCCAAAGACAGUUGGAGUUAACUUUGCUGUGGACUUUGAAAAGAUCUACAAGUUCCUGAGUGUUGUCCAAAACCCCAGUGAGGAUUAUAAUCUAACGCCCAUGGAAAGUGCGAUCGUCCUGGACCUGCUGAUGUCUCUCCCAGAAGAGCUUCAUUAUCUGGACUGCAAAAACCUGCAGAAACAUCUGAUCCAGAUGUAUCAGAGUCUCUCUGCUCCUGUCUGCUCCAUGCCUGCCAAGCAGCUGAUGUCAAAGCUGCAGAAUGCGCGCCGUGUUGAGAGGGGGCCAGCUGCAGCUGCAGCUCCAGCUCCAGCUGCAGCUGCAGAUCUCAGCCAGGAGGCAGAAGCUGCUGGCGCUGCCCACAGAGGAGCCACCUCUUCAGGCCAGUCUGAGGAUGCAGACAUGGCAGACUUCCUCCCACCUCUUAAUCCUUUCCUGGUUCCACUGAGCUUGUUGAUGCGAAAACAGAGUUCUGAAUAAAACAUCGUAAACUGUUUUAGUCCUUUCACAUGUGUGACCCUCAAAGAUUAAGUGGGUGUAGAAAAUUAAGGCUGUUUCUUUUAUUUAAUGUCACAUUAAAUACCGAUGCAAUGAGAAGUUUG